AAGCAACAUAGCACUCUUGAGCGGGCGUCCUAACUGUACGGCAUGUUUUAAUUCCACAACCUGCUGUGUUUGUAUUUCGAUCGCUAAGACACCAACCCAACAAGAGGACUGUGUGACCUUGGCUGUCUGCCAGGCUGGACCUACCUUGUGAGACCUCAAGAACUCCCUUCCUGCUUGUGAACCCCAAAACAGAAGAAUACACUGGUUAGAGGUUUCAGGUGUGCCGCCAUGGGUAAUCUGAUCAAGGUGCUGACGAAGGACAUAGACAACAAUGCUGGGAAUUUUUUCCUGGAUUUUGAAAACGCGCAGCCCACGGAGCACGAGCGGGAGGUGUGGGACCAGGUCAACGUGGUGCUGAAGGACGCCCGCGGCAUCCUGGACGAGCUGCAGUCCUACAACGGGGCGGGGGAGGUGAUCCGGGAGGCGAUCCAGCACCCCAGCAAUGAGGGGCUGCAGGAGAAGUCGUGGUGUGCCGUGGUGCCGCUGGUGGGGAAGCUGAAGAAGUUCUACGAGUUCUCCAUGAGGUUAGAGGAGGCGCUGCACGGCCUUCUGGGAGCUCUCACCAGCACACGCCACACACCCACGCAGCACCUGGAGCGGGAGCAGGCUCUCGCCAAGCAGUUCGCCGAGAUUCUGCACUUCACGCUGCGCUUUGAUGAGCUCAAGAUGACGAACCCCGCCAUCCAGAAUGACUUCAGCUACUACCGGAGAACCCUGAACCGGAUGCGGCUGAAGAACGCCCCGACGGAGGGAGAAAACGAAGUAAAUAACGAGCUGGCCAAUCGGAUGUCUCUCUUCUAUGCUGAGGCCACGCCCAUGCUGAAAACAUUGAGCGAUGCCACAUUAAAGUUUGUGUCAGAGAACAAGAACUUACCCCUAGAAAACACGACAGACUGCUUAAGCACAAUGGCAGGUGUGUGUAAAGUCAUGUUGGAAACACCGGAGUACCGCAGCCGCUUCGCCAGUGAGGAGACGGCCUCUUUCUGCCUGCGCGUGAUGGUGGGCGUCAUCAUCCUCUACGACUACGUCAACCCCGCCGGCGCCUUCGUCAAGUCCUCAAAAAUCGAUAUGAAAGGGUGCAUCAAGGUUCUCCGAGAUCAGCCUCCGAACAGCGUAGAAGGUCUUCUGAAUGCUCUCAGGUACACAACAAAGCAUCUGAACGACGAGACUACCUCCAAGCAAAUCAAGACCAUGUUGCAAUAGCAUCGACCACUGGAACCACUGCUGUCUACACACAGAAUCAAAACGGUAUUCUUAAAUUGCAAUGAUGUACAGAAUGUUUUUUUUAAGAAUUUUGUUAAGAAUCCAUAAAAAUUUUGCUCUUUCCCCCUAUUGCAAAAGAACAUCUUCUUGCUCUUACAUAAGCUUCAUCUUCUCUGUGCCAAAAUUGUAUACUGGAAGAAAUAGCUGCAGAUGUUUUUUUAAGCUUUCAAAAAGGCCAUGUUUCAGUAUGGCAGCUAUUGAUGCAUACUGCAUUAGAGAGGAGUAAUUAGACUUGAAAACUGAGAAAUAGAAAUAUAUUAUUUUUUGUCAGAUCAAAUGCAUUUUCAUUUUUUUCUCAUCUCUUUGUGAUGACAUGUGAAGUGCAAGAGAUGAGGCAUUAAGUUAUGUUUUGUAAUGCAAAAGGUACCCACAACGUGACAGAGAUUCUUAAAGUAGUUAUAUUGUUUGAGAUUUGUAUUUUUAUAAAGAUUCGAUCUGUGUCUUAUGUACGAGUUGUCAUUUUUCUCAUUUCAAAUCCUACCUUUAAACUGUGAUGCAUGCACUUCGAAAAUGAAAGGCACGUCUGAUCGCUGU